AUGUCUGACCCAGAGAUUGUACGGCUUCAACGCGAGAACGAAAAACUCAGACGCGAGAAGGAGGCAGCGGAGGCGAGAGAGGAAAAGGAGCGGCGCGAGAAAGAGGCAGCGCAGGCGCGAGAGGAGAAAGAGCGGCGCGAGAAAGAAAAGGAGCAGCGCGAGAAGGAGGAGCUCGCACGCGAAAACCAGCUAACUACAUUAGAUGAAUAUCUAUAG